UGGACUUAAUGUUCUAUCUUCUUAUAUUGGGCAGUAAUGACAGCUUAGAUGAUACCCCCAAAGCUGAUGGUCCUCUUAUUGUUCCUCCCAGAGCAGUGAGUCAUAUCAGGCUCUAGGAGAAGGGAGAAGACCUUUGCUCAGACCAUGAAUGGAGAAAGCCUUGUUUAAGUCCUUUGCUGUUUUUCUUCUGCCCAUUGAUCUGAGAAGUUGCAGUCUUAAUCCUCUGCAUGUCGUUCUGGUCACUAAGCUCAGAACAAGAGUCAGUUUCACUCAGUGAUUGAUCCUUUCUGCAGCCUGGGAGACCAGGAACUGUGCUGGUCUCCCAUCCUCAUUGUCUCCUUGUCCCUCCUACCCUCUCCUGCCAAGAAGCUGUAAGUCCUCAUCAGCUAACAAAACCGAGUCACCCCUUAUCCAGGAGCCAGCUCAGCCCUGGGCUUUUCUCAUGAUCUUCUAUGUUCAAAGACCAUGCAGAUGUCCUUGAUCAUCUCCUUCUUCUUCUCCAUCCUGAUCUCCUCAGGGGUUUGUUUGAAGUGUGAAUACUGCAGCAGCAGCAGCGGUUUCUGCACUGGUGCACCGCAUGUCUGCCGACCAUUCGAAAACACCUGCCUCACUCUCACCACGGAGACAACCAUUGGAAAUGAAGUGUGGCUGGCCACUUACAAAGGCUGCAGCAAGAUCAAGUAUUGUGCCCCAUCACCAAUGAGUUUCACUCUCCCCUCCAGACGCAAACGGAGCGCAGCAAAGUGUUGUCGCAAGGAUCUGUGCAACAGCGGAACAGUGACAUUGCCCCGACUCGGGAUCCGACCAAAUGGACUGAAAUGUCCAGGAUGCAUCUCCCAGGACCUAACCUGCAAACCCACUGAGCUGAUCCAUUGCAACGGCUGGGAAGAGUAUUGUGUGUAUUAUGAUGUGACAGUGGAGCAAGAUGGAAGAUUCUACACUCAUGCAGAACGAGGCUGUGGAACCAAAAACGCUUGUCUGAAUGAGCCACGUGUUUUCGGGGUGCCUGGACUAUACAAGGAGAUUAUAAAGAAACCUGAGUGCGUACCUGCUCCCAAAAUUAUUGGCAAGUAGCCUUGACUUCCAGAAAACACAGAGUAAGGUGGACGAUCUGCUAAAGCAUCUUCCUUCUUAGUAGGCGGGUUUUCCUGAUAUAUAAAAGAGGAUAAAAUCCUUCUAUUAAACAAAGAAAAUCACAUUUAAUAAAAUGAGUAAAAAAAU